GUGACUCACGUGACGGGUAGUUGAGCUCGAGCUCAGCUGAAUGUAGACUCUAGUGAAGUUAGCUCAGUUCCGUGCUGCUUUUGUUGUUGUUCGGUUGGUCUGUGAUGAAGUAGACCCCGUUUACCUUUGACUGGAAAAUGGAGCGGGGCGAGUCGGACACGGAGGGGGACGAUACACCGCUUCUUCACCGAGGAAACGAAGACAAAGUCCAGAGAGCCCCAGCAUGGUGUUCAUCGCGCUAUGGCCUGGCCUUGCUCUCCUCUUUUGGCUUCUUUGUGGUCUACUCCUUGCGGGUAAAUCUCAGUGUGGCCAUGGUGGAUAUGCUUAACAACACCCACCAAUCCAGCACCAACCACAGCAGCUCUGUGUGUCCUGCUCAUGCCAACCCUGCACGGCCCAAACACAACCACACGGCCAGUGUAUACGACUGGGACUCUCAGACACAGGGUUGGAUCCUGGGCUCCUUCUUCUACGGCUACAUCUUGACACAGAUCCCUGGGGGCUAUCUGUCUGGCCGCUUUGGCCCCAAGUGGCUGAUGGGUUUUGGAAUCCUGGGAACUGUAGUUUUUACACUGCUCACUCCUGUGGCUGCUGACCUGGGUGCAAGCUACCUCAUUGCUGUCAGGGUGCUAGAAGGGAUAGGAGAGGGAGUCACAUUCCCUGCAAUGUACACCAUGUGGGCAGCGUGGGCCCCACCGCUGGAGAGGAGCCGACUGCUCACAAUUUCCUACAUUGGAGCCCAGCUGGGGACGGUAAUAGCUCUUCCUCUGUCUGGUGAAAUCUGCUUCUACCUGGAUUGGACCUAUGUCUUCUAUGUAUUUGGUGCUGUUGGCCUGGUGUGGUUUUUCUUGUGGGCCUUUCUCGUCUUUGACAGUCCAAACACCCACCCUCGGAUAUCCGAGCGGGAGAGACUCUACAUCACCACCUCACUCAAGAAUGAGCUGUCCACCUCAGCAGGCUACAUCCCCUGGCGAGCCAUUCUGACGUCCAUGCCGCUGUGGGCCAUCGUUGUGGCUCACUUCUCUUACAACUGGACCUUCUACACCCUCCUCACCCUGCUGCCGACCUACAUGAAUGACGUACUGGGAUUUAGCAUACAGCAGAACGGCAUGCUGUCAGCUCUUCCUUACAUUGGCUGUGCUGUGUUGGCUGUGCUGAGUGGUCAGCUCGCCGAUUACCUACGGGAAACCUGCCUCUACCCCACCGUCAUUGUCAGGAAGUCCUUCUCCAUUGUUGGUAUGCUUGGGCCAGCGGUGUUCCUGGUGGCAGCAGGAUAUACAGGCUGUAACUACACCUUGGCUGUGACCUUCCUCACCAUCUCCUCGGCUCUGGGCGGAGUCUCCGCCUCUGGCUUUAACAUCAACCACCUUGACAUUGCUCCUUCGUAUGCUGGUAUUCUCCUGGGAAUCACCAAUACCUUCGCUACCAUUCCUGGCAUGGUGGGACCAGUCAUAGCAAGAGAACUCACCAAACAAAACACCAUGCAGGAAUGGCAGAUUGUUUUCUACAUCGCUGCUGCCAUCAACCUGUUUGGAGCUGCGUUCUACACUCUGGUUGGCCGAGGAACGGUGCAGCCCUGGGCCGUCCACACAUCCUUCUCUAAUGGAGACUAGGACAGAAGACAAGUGCCGGACUCGUCAAUUUGAUGAUUCUGAUUAGUCAGAUAGACGGGUCACAAUCAUGGGCCUUUUCAACGGUGAUCAGCGAGAGAUGUGUUCCAGCUGUGCUAAUGAUUCUUAAUGCACGGCUAACUAACAGUGAGUAACAGCCACAAUAGCCUCAAGGAUGUUCUUUACUGUGACCGGAUGGUGACUGAUAGUCACAGCAAUGAACAAAGAAGUUUGCAAUUUAAGUAAAGUGCAUAUUUCUUGGAGGCAAUUAUUAUUUAGCAAAGCAAACAAUCCCAUUAUGCAUCUCCAAGAAGUGACAGAAGAAGCUGUCAUUUUGAAGAAAAGCACUCUGAAAAAGAGAAUGUAGCCAGUUAAUUAGAUAUAUACAGGUUAUCUACACAUUAUUGAUGAUGAACACUGUGGUAAAUAAGAUAUGAAAGACACAUUUUACCAAUGUAGUUCCUUUUUGGUGUUCCGGUUUGCCAAUUGAGCCAAGCAAGUGCUAGUGCUAGCAAGUGUUAGGCUCAGUUAUUUCAGCCUUCAGAGCACUUUGCUUAAAAGCAUUUUUUUUACCCAAGAAUGCCACAGUAAACUCUGCAGAGAUGUAUUGCCAUAGUAAUCGUCUACGCUCUUAAGAAGGGUGUUUUCUUUCACUUGUGGAUGGAAAGUUGGGGAUAACACAAAAUAUGCUACUUUGCGACCCAUAACUAAGUGCCAAUAUGUGUUUUUAGGUGUUGAAAUGGUUUGCUCAAAAAAUAGCAUGUAGGGACAUGCUUAAACUAGACACACACAUUUGAAAACAGCUUUUUUGAGAGUGACUGCGCAGCACGCACAAAAAUGUAUUUUCUUUAUCGUGAAGCCUCCUUAAAAUUAAUUUUAAAGCUCUUUGUCUUUGCAAAUGGACCAUUGUUUUGUAUUUACUUGUCAUAUGGUAAGGGAUUUUAUGUUCACAACAAUGUGUUUCGUCCACCAGGCACCAUUUGUUUAUAUAUGGAAAGCAUGGGUCGUUAUAUCUUUAAAUCUGUAACACUAAGAAGAUGUUGAGCUGUUGGUGCUCUUGGCACCUUUGUGAUGAAGGGAAAGAAAAAAUGCUUUAAAGACGUUUCUGGUGGACACACCGCCUUAAUUAACUCACAGGAGAUGCACUUUGUGUCAAUUCUCAGGUAUCUUAUGUUUUACAAGGAUGAAAAAGGAUAUUUAUUUACUUUUUACAGAUUGAUUGAUCUACCACAUUGAUGUAUAUGUACUCAAUUUUUAAGUGGUAACUGAAUUAGAUCCCAUUUUUAAAUUAUUUCCAAUAGCACAUUUUACAACUCAAAAUAUGUGUGGUGGUAAUUGUCUUAACAACUUUUCAUCCCCAGCUGAUGAAAUAUAAUUGUUCCCAUCAGGUCACCUGUAAUACUGGGUAUGGUAUGUAUCUUGUCCCUUUUACAUAGGGGGGCAAAUCAGAAUCAAGCCACAAGGAAAGCAUUUAGUCAUGGUUGUAAUUUAUGUCAACAAGUAGCGUCAUCGUCCCAAUUUCAGAUGCUAUGCCUUAUUACAUUAGCUUAAACAGGGUCAGACAAUUCAGGACUGCAGACUUAUUGUUCUCAUAAAGGAAUCAUUUUGUUACUGCACUUUAAUUUUAAGUGUCUAUAUACAACGUAUAAAGGGACCUUUUGUAUGUGUGUAAAUAUAUACACACUGUACUGAGUAGUCAUUGUAAACCUUCAACCUGAAAACAUUUCAGAAAUGUGUCAUAAAUCACUGUCAUGUAUUGUAAAUACUUCAUCAUAUACAGAUAUGAUCUAAUCUGA